UCCCAAUGGGAAUGAAAGUCUUAUUUCAUUAAGUUUCAUUAAAAGCUCAUGCUGACUGUGGAGACAGGGGACUGCAGGAAUGGCACUUUGAAAGUGGGAAUCAACUACAUCUUAUUUACUCAGACAUUUGGCACAAUUCUGUACUAGUGACCCGUGAGUAAGUUUUGCAGCCCAAUCCAUUUUGGUCUUUGCCUCUCAGUGCUACACCGUGACUUGCUUUGGUUUCUCUGCCCCAUGUGUUCCCCAACACUUAAAGGGACAAGCAGCCUCACUAAGACACUUAUCUCUUAAAAGAAGUUUGGAUUCUGGCUUUGACUAUGGAUCAGGACACCAUUAUGUUGAUUAAGCUCCAUCAUAUUGAAACCAAGCCCUAAGAGGUCAUGGCCAGCCCAGUGCGGGUCCACCUAGACACUGACUUGCUCCAGCCAGCCCGCCUUGCCUCCAGUUUCUCUGAGAACUCUUUGGCUGUUCUGAAAACAGAAGAUGGGACAGUGGAGACUCUGGAGCUGGUGGACAAUAAGCCACAGCUGGACAGCAAUGAUCGUGCCCUUCCAGGACUCUACCUAUCCUGUUUCGACAUGCUUUUCACCGAGGAUGCCACCUGGCUGGUGAGGGUGACGGACUCCUCUGCAUCAGUCGCUAGUGUACCUAAUCCAGAACUGUGUUCAGAGCCAGAGCAGUGCCCUGUGAUUGAUAGCCCUGGGCUAGGGAGUGAGCCAUUGUCCCCUGGCCUUGAGGACCAGGUGGAGGAGAGAUCUCUGGAGCAAGUGCAGAGCCUUGUGGUUGGAGAAGUGCUAAAGGACAUUGAGACAGCCUGCAAGCUGCUGAACAUCACACCAGAUCCAGUGGAGUGGAGUUGUGGAAAUGUUCAGAAGUGGCUGUUGUGGACAGAGCAUCUGUAUCGACUCCCUCAAGUGGGCAAAGCAUUUCAGGACCUGGAUGGGAAAGACUUGUGUGCAAUGACUGAAGAUGAAUUUCGACAGCGUUGUCCACAGUGUGGUGACACACUCCAUGCUCAUCUAGAUAUAUGGAAAUCAGCUGCCUGGAUGAAAGAGAGAUGUUUAGUAGGAGAAAGCAGGAUCACAGAGAGACAGGAGUUGUGGUCAGAAGCAGAUUCCUCUUGCUCUGGUCAACCCAUCCAUUUGUGGCAGUUUCUCAGAGAGCUUUUACUUAAACCACACAGCUAUGGACGCUGCAUCCGCUGGCUCAAUAAAGAGAAAGGUAUUUUCAAAAUUGAAGAUUCUGCUCACGUAGCACGACUCUGGGGUCUGAGGAAGAACCGGCCAGCAAUGAAUUAUGACAAGCUUAGCCGCUCCAUCAGGCAGUACUACAAGAAGGGAAUCAUCCGCAAACCAGAUGUGUCUCAGAGACUGGUCUAUCAGUUUGUCCACCCAGUAUGAGUCCAACAAUCCGACCAAUAGAGACAAAAUGACAUUGUUUGCUAUGCACUGACAAACUGCCUAAGAACUAGAGUCUAUGCACUCUAGUACUUUUCUGUGUGUAACUGAUGUUUUGGUCUGGACUCUUUGUUAACAUAAUUUCAUAAAUUGGCUUAAAUUAUGUUUUAUUCCAAGUGCCAAUCAACAUGGCCAAUUUUACAUGAAGACAUUUCAGGAUCAGGUUGUAAUCCCAAUAAAACCUUUUACAUCAGACAUUUUAUGAUUAUAUUAUAGGUCACAUAAAAUGCCUGGCUAUUCGCAUUGUCUGCCUGUCUCAGUCUGUUAGUUAGCUUAUUACCAAACGUCAAAGUAAAGUAAUUGAGUAAUAACUUAGGAUCAAUUUUUGCCUUCCUACAAGUAUUAGGCACUUACUAAAUGUGUAAAUGGGUUUGAAACAUGAAUUUGCUAUCAUCUCUAUAUUCUUUUAGUGUGAACACUGACAUUCAUCAAACACAUGUUCUCUGACAGCUUUCAUAAUUCUGUCAAUGCUUACAGUUUUUGUUUGAGCAAACCUCCACUCCCUGUGCGAACGAGUCGCCAACUCAGCCACAUGUUUGGGUUUGGUCCUGGUUUCCAUCCAACUCUGCUCUUUUUUUUUUUUUUGGGCCUAAUCACACAGCAAACUUAUUAACCUUCCCCUAAGGCAUCAACAGUAAAGAAAGUGUUCACCUCACUGAGCAACCACGAAUAGUCAUCCUCCAUUAGAAGCUCACCUUGUGCUCUCUCUGAUCAGCAGCAAAAGGUGAACUGUAUAUUUUGAUUAGUAAUAUGCUCUCACAAAAGGUCUCAUAAAAAUAUUCUUUACAUGUUAAGAGUUAGGUAAGUGGUUAGGUAUUAAGGAGCUGUUAUAAAUUAGCAGCCUUACAUGCAAGUAUGUGGGUUUUUUUUCCCCCUGUGCCUUUACUUUUUCUCUGGAUUUUAUUUGCAGUGUCUGCCAUUGUUAAUAAUAUAAAGAUUUAUUAAUUCGUUGAAGUAAAA